CACGUGACGCGACAAGUCCUACGCUGUCGGUGCUCAGUUUGUGCGGCACAAAUCUUCAUUUUCAAUCGAUUCACGACAACAGUGUUUGUGUUUCUUUCACAAUGACUGUGAAGAAACUCCUCCUGUGAAAGGACACGCAGGAACCAAAAAGAGGAAGAGGAAGGACAAGAGGACGAAAGCGAACGGAGAGGUGAUGGACACGACAGAUGACAGUCCAGUCAUCGUCACGAAUGGUGCUUAUCCGGUGCGGUGCACUGAGGAAGUACUUCUCCCUUUCUUCACAGAUGAGAGUGUGCAGGCCGCCAUGGACUCACAUCACCCUCCUGCCUCCCACAGCGCGCCUCCUGCUCUCUCAGAGCUUAGACUGGUCCUCCUGGGCAGGAAAGGAGCAGGGAAAAGUGCCGCAGGCAACACCAUCCUGGGAGCAGCAGGAGGCUUUGAGAGUGGGAAGCCCACGGAGGAGUGUGUGAAAAGGCGAGGCGAUGUGGCGGGGAGGAAAGUCACAGUGGUAGACACUCCGGGGUGGGAGUGGUAUUACCCACUCAACAGCACCCCGAACUGGGUGAGGAGAGAGACUUUACGGAGUGUGUCGCUUUGCCCAUCUGGACCUCACGCUGUGCUUCUGGUGGUGCGAGCCUGCGCCUCGGUAACAGAUGACUACAUCAAUGAGAUAGAGGAGCACCUGGAGCCGCUGGGGAAAGGAGUCUGGGAGCACACCAUGCUGUUGUUUACCAGGGGGGACGAACUGGGCCUGGUGUCCAUGGAGCAAAGGAUCCUGACGAGCGGCCCAGGACUCCAAAGACUCCUCCAGAAGUGUGGGAACAGAUACCAUGUAGUGGAUAACCGGAGUAAAGGAGAUGGGACACAAGUUAAAGAGCUGAUAAGAAAGCUGGAGGAGAUGGUGGCGAUGAAGAAGGGUGGAUGCAGUUACUUAGAGAUGGACAACACAGUCCUGGUGGGUCUGGAGGCAGAUGGGAAGAGGAGAGCGAGGGAGAGGAGGAAGAAGCAGAGGCAGAUGGAGGCGCAGUUGCAGAGAGGGACCAUCAAGGCUGCUCUAAUGAGUGAAGAUCUUCAGGGCUCUGAGCUAGACGCCCACCAGUCGUUCUCCAAGGCUCCGCGACGUUUACCAGAGGUCAGACUGAUUCUCCUGGGCGAGCGUGAAACAGGAAAGAGUUCUGCCGGCAACACCAUCCUGGGCAAAAUGGGCUUCUUCCAAGCUGGCGCGGUAACUGAGGAGUGCAUCCGUCAGCAAGCGGAGUCAGCCAUGCGGCUUGUGACAGUAGUGGACACUCCGGGCUGGGAGGGAGGCGUUGCCGGUGCCACACCUGAGAGGGUGAAGAGGGAGAUUAUCAGCAGCGUGUCCUUGUGUCCUCCGGGGCCCCACGCGCUCCUGCUGACUCUGAGAGUGGAUACUCUGGUGAGGGCAGCGCAUGUGAGGGAACAUCUGGAGCUUCUGGGCGAGGGUGUGUGGAGACACACGAUACUGCUGUUCACACAUGGGGAUCAGCUUCGAGAGGGGGUGGAUAUCAAGCAGCACAUCCAGGGUGGGGGCAGGGACCUCCAGUGGCUGAUGGAGAAGUGCAGGGGCAGGUACCACGUCAUUAGCAGCACAGAUGGAGGAGGAAAAGGAAACGACAGCUCCAGUAAGGUGACAGAGCUCCUGCAGAAGGUGGAAAAAAUGGCUGCUAUGAACAGGUGUGAGGCAUUCUCUGGCCUCGUUCAGGAAGUCAGGGAUAUGAGCCGGCAGAGGAACGAGAAGUUUAACCAGCGCCUGAAGGAGAUGGCGGACAAGAUGCUUCGUCAGGAGGACGAGUUGAAAAAUAUGAGGGAGAGGGAGAUGAAAAGAAUCAGGUGGUUUUUUGACAGGAAGAAAAAGGUGAAAUCACCUGGAAAGGCCGACAUUCAGAGGGAAGAAGAGGAGGAAGAGGAGAGGAGGAUGGACGAGAGGAAGAAUGAUAUUGGGGAGCUAGAGGAGAGGAUGCGAUGGCUGACGGAGGAUAAGGAGAGAGAAAAUCAGGAUCUGAGCAUAGAAAAUCAGAGAAUCCGCGCAGCACUAAACCAGAGCAGCAAAGAAAGGGAUGACGCCAUGCUCAACCUGGAGCUGAAAGACAGAGAGAUCGAGGAGCUGAAAGAAAGAAUUGACGAGCAGCAACUGAAGUUGCUCGACCUUGAAUGUGCUGCUGUCGAAAACGAACAUGAGAGAAAACAGAGAGAGGACACCGUAAGAGCAAAGAAACAAGAGUGGCUGAGUCAGGUUAAGAAAUUGGAAGAAAACAUAGAGCUGCAGAAGAAAGAGAACGCAGAGUGGAUGCAAAAAGUUGAUUCUUUAAAAGCCGAAAUGGACGAGACUAAAAGACAACAUGAUGAUAUUCUAGAGAGAAAGGAGCAAGAAAAAAACAGGGAGGUGGCAGAGACAGAAGAAAAACUUAAAAAAGAGAUGGAAAUAAAGAACAAAGAGCAGGAAGAGCAGAGGAAGAAAGUGUUAGAGGAUAUGAAGAGGAAAGCUGAAGAAAUGAAAUCACAACAUAAGAAAGAGAUAGAGAGAAAAAUGCACGAGAAAGAGAUAGAGAUAGAUGGCAUUAAACUGCAACAUCAGGAAGAGAUGGCCAGGAAAAUCAGUGAAAUAGAAAAAAUGAUGGACACAAUUAAAGGUCAGCACCAAAAAGAAAUUGAUCAAAUGCUGAAUGACAAGGCCAAAGACAUAGAAAGGGUCAAACAACAGCUUGACAAUGAAAUAAGGGACAGACAGCAGGAACAGCAAAGAGAGAUCGCAGAGCUGAAAGAACAGUUUGCAAAAGAAAGAGAGGAACAAAAUCAUGCAAAAAGGAGAGAGAUAGCAGAGUUAGAACAAAAGUAUCUUGUUCAAAUAGAGGGAAAAAUGCUGGAAAAUGAAAAGGAGAAAGAAAUGAUUCAUCUUAAUCACAAAAAAGACUUAGCGCAGAGGAUGGAGGAGAAAGAAAAAGAGGUAGAAGUGUUAAAAACACAGCAUCAAGAAGAAAUGGCAAGAAAAGUGAAUGAAAUGGAAAAACUCAUGGAGGCAAGGGGAGCUGAGCACAAAGAGGAAAUAGACAGAAAAGUGAAAGAGAAGGAGGAAGACAUGGAAAGGGUCAAACACCAGCAUGAAAAUGAAAUAAGAGACACGCAGGAAGAAAAACAAAGAGAGAUCGCAGAGCUUAAAGAGCAGUUUGCUAGAGAAACAGAGGAACAACUGCAAGCUAAAAAGAGAGAGAUAGCAGAGUUAGAACAAAGAUACCUUCUUCAAAUAGAACAAAAAAUACUAGAGGGUGAAAAGGAGAAGGAAAUGAUUCAUCUUAGUCACAAAAAUGACUUAGCACAGAGGACGCAAGAGAAAGAAGAAGCGGUGGAAGUCUUAAAACUGCAGCAUCAAGAAGAAAUGGCAAGAAAAGUGAACGAAAUUGAAAAACUAAUGGAGGCGAGGGGAGCUGAACACAGGGAGGAAAUAGACAGAAAAGUGAAAGAGAAGGAGGAAGGUGUUGAAAGAGUCCGACUGCAGUACAAUGAUAAAAUAAGAGACAUAGAGCAAGAAAGACAAGGACAGAUUACAGAGCUGAAACGACAGUUUGAAGAAGUUGAGAAACAAUUGCAGGAAAGACAAAGAGAGAUAAGAGAGCUGGAGCAAAAGCAUGCCACCCAACUAGAAGAAAAGGUGCUAGAACAUGAAAAGGAGAAGGAAAUGAUGAAUGAAAAUCAUGAGAAGUAUAUCAUGCAGCAAAUGCAAGAGAGAGACGGACUAAUAGAGGAGUUAAAACGGCAGCAUUUUAAUGAAAUCAAAGAAAAAAUGCGGGAAAGUGACGAGCAAAAGCAAAGGCUUGCUCUGAAUCUCAAGAUGGAGAUGCAGCAAAGGGUGGAGGAAAAGGAAAAAGAGAUAGAGGAGAUCAAAGUGGAUGUCAAAGAAAUGAAAGAAAAGCUGCAACAAAAGGAAGAGGAAGAAAGUGAUCAUUUAAAUUACAAGAAAGAGAUGGAGCAAAGGCUGGAGGAAAGAGAAACAGAAACAAAGAUGAUAAAAGAACAGUUAAAAGAAGUUGAGCAACAGCUGCGUCAGACAGAGGACGAAAAAGAAAGAGAUCGCUUAAAUUACAAGACACAGAUGGAGCAAAAACUCCAAGAAAAUAAAAGAACGAUAGAAAAAUUGAACCAGCAUAUACAGGAUAUAGACGAAAUCCUGCAGAGGAAAGAAGAAGAAAGAGGAGAAAUCAUUCUCAAUCAAAAGAAAGAGGCAGAGCAGCGACUGCAAGACAGAGAACGAGAGAUGGAGGAGAUGAAAUUGCAGCUGUCAAACGACACGGAAAGAAAACUAAAAGACAAGCAAACCGAAAUCGAAAGUCUCAAACAACAAGCCGACUCCAGGGAGACGAGAUGGAGGGAAGAGCAGAAGAAGAAGGACGAGAAAGCAGAAAACGAGCUGAACCGACUGUUAGAAAUCAUAAAGCAGAAAACAAAUGAACUAACACAAACACAAUGUCUUCUUGCGGAGAGAGACAGCGAGAUUGACGAAGCAAAAAAGUCACAUGCAAACUACUUAAAAGAAAUCGAAGAGCUGAAAGAAAGCAACAAAAUCCAAAUGUCAAGUAUUAUGGAUAUAAAGCAGCAUCAUGCAGAGAUGGAGAGGAAGAAAGACGCUGAAAUGAUGGAAAAACUUCAGGAGAAAGAAGAAGAACUGAGGCAGAGGGACAGAGACAACGAGAAGGAGGUCGUCCAACUGAGGCUGACAAUCGAGCAGACGAAGUCCGAGCUGAAGGAGCUCACCAACAAGAUGGAGAAGGAGAUGACGAGCAUGAUUCAGAAUUAUGAAAAGGAGAUCGCGAGAAGGAACGAGAGCAUAGAAUCCAUCGCGAAGGAGAAGGAUCACGCUAUCAGUCGCUUAGAGGAAGUCACAGAGAGCUACGAGGAAAGUCGGAGGACAGUUGAGGAGCUGCAGGAGCAAAACGAGAAGAUGAGAAAAGAGGCGAACAACCUCAAAAUAAAGAGCGAAGAAGAUGUUAGGGGUUAUGAACAGCAGGUGAAGAGCAAAGAAGCAGAGAUACACAACAGAGAAGUGGAGGUCGAGGGAUUAAAGGAAGCAAAUGACAAACUGCAAGUAGAGAUAGAGAGGAUGAAAGAGAGAGAAGGAGAGGCAGAGAGGAAGAUGAAUGUAAUGAGAGAGCAAUUCCAGAGGGAUGAAGAAUUUCUGAAAAGCAAAAAGGAAGUUUUGAGUAGAAACGAAGAGGAGUUGAGCAAAAGAGGACAUGAACUAGAUGCAAAAGAUAAGGAGCUUGCUGAGAAGGAGGUGAAGUUAGAAAGUAAGGAACAAGAGCUUAGUGAACGGGAAGAGAGUCUAGAAAGACAACAUAAAGAGCAACUGAAAAGAGACAAAGAUGUGAAUGUCAGGGUGAAAACUAUCGAGAGAAAGGAAAGGGAGCUGGACAGCUUGCUUGGAGCUCUGGAGGGCAAACAGAGGGAGCUGAACUGUCACGGUCAAAAUCUGCAGGAGAAGGUGAAGGGGAUUAAAGAUCACGGGAAGGGCCUGAAAGAUAAGGAGUACUACUUAAGAAACGAAGAGCAGGAGUUGCUCAACUGGAAGUCAGAGUUGCAGAUGCAGAACGAGCAAGUGAACUCGAAAACGCAGCAGCUAGAUGAGAUGGGGAGAGACUUGGCUUUGCUGAAGGAGGAGCUUCACAACAAAGAGAAAAAAUUUAAGGAGUCACUUAAGAAAUUAGGAAAGUGGGAGCAGAAUCUUAAAGAACGGGAGGAACGGUUGGGCAAAAGAGGGAGUAGACAAAACGAGGCUCAUGGCAGUGUUGAUGAGACGGAUUGUUUUGAUCUGACAGCUGCAGUUGAGAGCUCAGAACAUGACUUACAUUUAAUGUACCGAGAGGUCAGCGAGAGACGGGAAAAGGGAAGGGAGUCAGAUAGAGGAGAAAAGGAUCAGAGGAUGGAAACAGCAUCGUCAGCUAUAGAGAGCAAUAACUGUCACCUUGAAACACUAAAAGAGAUAGAGAUUGCUGAGGAACAGGAAGGGAUGAGAAGUAGAGGAGAGGAGACAAGGAAGAAAAAAGGCAGGGAGGAAGUGGAGAGGGCAAAGGUCGUUAGAGAUUUUAGGUUUUUAUCUGCAAGUCCUGGUCGCAGACGCUCAAACAACAAAGACCUUCCUGUGUCAGAUUUAAGGGUGGUGGUGCUAGGGGAGUCCUGGUCCUCUCGCUCCCCAGCUGGAGUCACCAUCCUGUGCGGAGAGGCAUUCAAGCACGUCGGGUCUACAUUCAGGCCCUGGAGAGGUCAGGUUGCCGGACGUCACCUUGCUGUUGCCGAACCACUAGGUCUGAGGUGGAGAGACGGACCGGAUCCGACCGACACCAUGCAAAGGAAGAGCAUUCUGGACAGCAUCUCCUGGUGUCACCCAGGACCUCACGUCGUCCUCCUGCUCAUGCCCGCCUUCCUGACCUGCACACAGAAGUGCAGGAGAGCAGUGGAGGAGCACAUGAGUUUGCUCGGGGAAGACGUUUGGCGGCUCACACUGGUGCUGUUCACAUGGGGGGAGAUGUUAGGGGAGAGCGCUGAGCAGCACAUCCUGAGGAACGGGGAGCUGAUGGGGCUCGUGGAGAGAUGUGGGGGCAGGUAUCAUGUGCUGAGCAAGGACAACUCUAUGAUUGAGGGACUGUUUGAGAAGAUGGAGGAUAUGGUGGCUUCCAACAGUGGAGAACUGUGAUGCCACUGUGUGAAAACCUCAUGUAAAAACAGUGUUUAUUUUAAUCUUAUGUGAAUAUCUCUGAAUAAAUGUACAAAGUGGUGGAAGAGGUACUCAGAUUCUUGAUUUAGUGUAAGUCAACAUCUCAUUAUCAUAAAGUAACUUUAGCCUAGUGGGGGCCAAUGUGUGGUCUGUCCUGCUCUAAAGGGGCACAA